CGCGCCGGCGCCAGAAUCGACCGCAUGAAUCAGCUCUAGUGCGCGAGUUACACAGGCUUAUUUCCUCGGUAUUUGGACAUGUCCCGUUUCGCCACUGGUUUUCCUUCCUGUGAAUCACGGCUCGAGUGUAAAGAGCUCGGUUUCACUGAAGCACAUGGAGCCAUAUGCGCUUCGAGAGCGAACGCGUCAACCGGUGUAGCGCGCGCUUAAUGUAUUUUACGUUUCGCAAUUUUUAUUUCGCACACGAAAAAAGAACGUUUUUAAAUAUUGCAAAAAUACCAAAGGUCUCAGUGUUGAAUUGAUAUUAUGGAGUUGUCACUUGUUUUAUUGGCGUUAUCGAUGUUUUUUAAAAUGUCAUCCUCCGUACGCUGUUAUAAAUGUGAGCCCGAACAAAAAUAUGACGGAUCGUCACUGUGCCGAGACUUUGACGGUAGCGACAGAUUCUUAGAAGACUGCAAACAUUCCACCAUGUGUUUCAAGAGGGAAACCACACUUCGAUUCGCCGAUGGAAUAACGACAUCGACGGUACAAAGAGGCUGCGCUUCUCAAACCCUCGACGGUGACCAAGCGAAAAUAAACGGCAAGUGGCAGCACGUGGACACAAUAUACGAAGUAUACGAUGAAGGUUGUACUGAAAACGUCGAUCCCGACCGACCUACCGUCACCGUCAACUGCUACUGCCGAGGACACCUUUGCAAUGGUGCCAACAUCGAGAUAAUUAACUACAAAACUAUUUUAUUACUUAUCAUUGCAUAUAUAUUUAGUUAAUUAGUUAUUACUGUUAUGGGUCUGUUUCACAGGUUAUGGAUAAUUCGAUUUGACGGAUGUUGGUAUCCAACAGAUAAAAGUUUUUAUGAGAUAUUUAUAUUCGCAAAUAUGAAUCUAAAAUUUAUAGUCUAUAAAUUGAGGGGAAACAGGUCCUAAUGGCCUAUUCUACCUCCUAAAGGUCAUUCGUAAGUUAUGUGCAGGAUAACUUUUACCCACUACUAGUAAAACAGGACCUUAGUAUCACUUAGUUAACACUUUUACUUUGUCAAAUCUUAUUAAGAUAUAUAUAUAUAUAUAUAUAUAUAUAUACAUAGAUCUAUAUUCACAACCUGUGCAUUCAAAAGUUGUAGUAAGCGCCUGUUUUACCUCCUAUAGAUAAAUCCUAUCAAUAACUUAUGUCCAAUUCCUAUUAAUAUUCCUAUCAAUAGCUUAUCAGGAAUCAGCCGAACAGGCCCUUAGCAGGAAUUUAAUCACGUAGUUUCAAUGAAAUUUUAUAAAAAUAAAAGCUUAUUAGGAGUUCUAUAUUUAAAAAA